CGGGCCCUCCCCGCCGGCGCGGCCGUCAUCGCCCGGAGCGGGUGCGCGGCGGGAGCGCGGGGGAGGCGGCCGCCGCCAGCGCCGCGGCGCAGGAGCUAGAGGAGGAGAAAGGGUGCGCAGCCCGGAGGCGGGGUGCGCCGGUGGGGUGCAGCGGAAGAGGGGGUCCAGGGGGGAGAACUUCGUAGGAGUCAUCCUUUUUAGGAAGAGGGAAAAAAUAAAGCCCUCCCCCACCACCUCCUUCUCCCCACCCCUCGCCGCACCACACACAGCGCGGGCUUCUCGCGCUCGGCACCGGCGGGCCGGGCGCGUCCUGCCUUCAUUUAUCAAGCAGCUUUUCGGAAAAUGCAUUUGCUGUUCGGAGUUUAAUCGGAAGAGGAUUCCCGCCCCCGUGCCCGGCUCGGCCACCGGCCCCCCGUCCCUGUCUGUCUCCGGUGGAGGCGUGAAACGGUCCCGCGGAUAGAGAUCCAUGUCUGUGCCCGCGCGUGUGUGUGCGCGUGUAAAUGGCCGAGAGGGGGAAAAUCACAGGACUUCUGCAAAUACUGGACUGAAAAUUGUAAUUCAUCUGCUGCCGCCGCUGCCUUUUUUUUCUCGUGCUCUUGAGAUCUCCGGUUCGGAUUCCUACGGAUUGACAUUUCUGUGACGGAGAAGUCUGGGAAUCAAUCUGGAAAUUCUCCUAAUUUUUACCGCUCCCCCCACGCCCUCCUCAACUCCUGAUUCAUUUGGAAGUUUCAAAGCAGCUAUAACCGGAGAGUUCUAAGGAUUGGUGGAAUCUUUGCCUUAUGCAUUUGUUUUGUUUUCACAAAAAAGGAAACUUGACAGAGGAUCAUGCUGUCCUUAAAGAAUACAACAUCACAGAGGAAGUAGACUGAUAUUAACAAUAAUUAAUAAUAAUGUGCCUCAUGAAAUAAAGAUCCGAAAGGAAUUUAAAUAAAAAUUUCCUGCAUCUCAUGCCAAGAGGGAAACACCAGAAUCAAGUGUUCCGCGUGACUGAAGACACCCUCUCAUCCAAGAAUGCAAAGCACAUCCAAUAAAAUAGCUGGAUUAUAACUAUUCUUUCUUUCGGGGCUGUGGGGCGGGAGCAGGGGCGAGAGGUGCUGUUGGUACCCGGCUGAUUUUCCUCGGGGGCAAGGAUGGCGCACGCUGGGAGAACAGGGUAUGAUAACCGGGAGAUAGUGAUGAAGUACAUCCACUAUAAGCUGUCGCAGAGGGGCUACGAGUGGGAUGCCGGAGACGCGGGCGCCGCGCCCCUGGGGGCCACCCCCGUGCCGGGCAUCUUCUCCUCCCAGCCCGGGCGCACCCCCGCGCCCGCCAGGACCUCCCCGCUGCUACCCCCGGCCGCCCCCGCCGGCGCCGCGGGACCUGCCCUCAGCCCUGUGCCACCUGUGGUCCACCUGACCCUGCGCCAGGCCGGCGAUGACUUCUCCCGUCGCUACCGCCGCGACUUUGCCGAGAUGUCCAGCCAGCUGCACCUGACGCCUUUCACCGCAAGGGGACGCUUUGCCACGGUAGUGGAGGAGCUCUUCAGGGAUGGGGUGAACUGGGGGAGGAUUGUGGCCUUCUUUGAGUUCGGUGGGGUCAUGUGUGUGGAGAGCGUCAACCGGGAGAUGUCGCCCCUGGUGGACAACAUCGCCCUGUGGAUGACUGAAUACCUGAACCGGCACCUGCACACCUGGAUCCAGGAUAACGGAGGCUGGCAACUUUGCCAAGCACCAACAGGCUCUCAGGAAAUGUUCAGCGGUGGGUGGACCAUUCAUUCUGGCUCUCCAUUGCAGAAUCUUUGUGUGUCAAGGGCAGGAAAGUAGGUAAAAACAGCCAUUUGCUCAGCACCCAUGCUGUGCAUCAGGAAACCUGCUCCGAGAUUCCCAAGCAGGCUCGAGAAGGGAAGCAGAGAACAGGCCAUAAUGUCCUUGUCACUUUAUUUUACUAUUAUUUUUAAAUUGCGGGCUUGUGCUUUUCCAUUAAUUUUAAUUGAGUCAAGCCCCAUGACUUUUGUGAUCCCCAAAUCCUCCAUAAAUUUGCUGCAACUGACUGUUUUUUUCCCCUUGAACCCCUCUCCUUUCCUCGCCUGGGAACGUGCCCUUUAAAUUUGACAUGGCUCGGAUUUUAAUCUCUCCUCAAAGGCACAGUGACAAUUUCACAACAAAGCGAGGAGGUUGGAUGGGGGGAGGGAGUUUUGUUUUCUGCUCCCAUUAAGAGAGCAACUGUUCUCUCUUUGUCCCGUGGGGCCAGCUCUUGGCACCAGACCGGGGAGACCUCAAACUUGGUGUUGCAACAUCCAUCAGACCCAAGUCAGCCUGGGCUCCUCGAAGGUGAACUGCAGCUGUUUGGAUAAAAUUCUAAAAUCUUGUUUGUGAGAUUCUCAGCCCUUGUUUUACAAUCGCUGUUCCUGGCAGAGAAACCAGGAAGUUUUACUUUCCCAGGAUCCCAGGCAGGUAAUUGUUUUCCCAAACUGUGUUUUAAUCUCUGAUGGAAAUGGACCUUCUCUGCUCGGAGAACCUUCGCCCACGGCUAUAAACCGUUUGUGUUCGCCUUGCACGUUAGAGAGGCCAAGCAACCUUGAGACUUGAUUACAGAAUGUCCCUCCCGCCCCCUAGAUGCAUUUCCAUCUCUGGUUAUAAUUUAGGGCCAUUUACAUUUCUAAACAACAGUUAAGAGCCUCUUAGCCUCUUGGAAUCUUAGAGCACUUCCCUGUCAAGCCGCUGGCCCUGUCCAGGUGGCAGAUGAUCUCCUGAGGAUGAGAGUUGGCAACACCCGUUACUCGGUGCCAUUUUUCGGCCAAGUAGCAUAAACUGUGACUAGCUGGUAGUUUACGCCACAACCCACAACCAAGUGCCUUUGCGGCCCCUGCUCUCCUGUUGAUUUAUCCUGAGGCCCCUCACCUGGGGGACACAACUCAAAACUAAGACCUCAGAAGCCUCUACAGGGCAUCGGGCCUGUGAGCUUAGGGAAGUGACUGAUGGCCAAAUAUUGAGAGGUGUGCACAUCCUACCAGCCUGCAGGCGGGCUUGGUGGUGCUGAUCUUUGGAGGAGGUUCAUUCUCCACGGUGUCUCCUCCUAGAGGUGAGGAGGGUGUGUUGCAGGAAGUGCGUCCCAGCCCUGCCUUGUGAAUUGUCAGUCUGCACGCAGUUUUGGAAGCCCAACUUCUCCUCCACAUCCUGGCGCCCUGCUCCUCCAGCCCCUCCGAGAGCCCACCAGCACCUCUUAGCCCAGAGUUCGGGGCUCCCUUUCCUGAGGGUCACUAAAAACUUAAAAGCCAAAAUACCGGAAUGGAAAAGUCUGACUUGCCAUAAUGUUUUUGUUAUUCAUCAACCAAUAUCAAGCGGUUGGGCCUGGUGCCGGGUUCCCCAACGUGGAGAAGUCGCGAUCCAGUUUAAAACCCGAGGAAACACUCCAGUCCAAGGCCGUCUGCAGCCAGGGGAGGUGGACGGUGAGAUGGGCAGUGAGGAGGGCCUCCUGGGCGAUGGGGAACUCGUCCAGGGCCUCCAAAGGUGCGCCGUUUAGAAACGCAGAGAGGGAGAAGAAGCCUUUCCAGGCUGAGCGGGCAGCGUAACACGGGAGGCUCAGGGUGGGUAUUCAGAGAACUUCUGGCAUGUUGUCAUGGAGGGGACCUUUCCUGGACUCAGAGGCCCCGGGUUAGGGUUUUUUAAGGUGUUCUUUGUGCUAUUCCUCAUUUUGUGGAGAGGCAUGGUGAUAAAGGCGAAUUAGAUGAGAUACCCGAAAAGAUAUGGCUGAAUAGUUUACCCUUCACCUGCCCUUAGGAAAGGCAUGUUUGGUACAUUCUACUUGAGGGGUCCCAGGAAUCGACUAAGACUGAGUAUUCCUUGCCCUUAGCCACUUACCCACACACCUGCCGCUCACUCACUCAUUCACUCGCAAUUUUAUCCACUAACUCAUUCAUUCAUUAUUUCAUUUACUUGUUCAUUCAAUCAACAAACAUUUUCUGAGCAAGCACUUACUAUGCACUGGACACUGUGCUAGACAGACAAGCAUCUUACCGUGAACCAACAGCAGGAAGGUUUUAGAAUCCUGGUCCCCACGUGCCUGACCACCCACAUCAGCCUCCGAGGCCUCCCUCAUGCCCACUGGGUCUCCAGUGUUAGAAAGAUGUGGAGAGAGGACGAGAGACAGACCAGUUUCUCAGGCUGAAUCUCAUCAUUAUGGAAAAUACUGAUUAGUCUGCAGGUAAUUUCAUCACAAGGGUUCUCAAAACACUCAUUUCCAUUCCUGCCACUGCUCCCUGUCCUAAUAAAGUAAUAUCCUGUCAGUGGACCGUGCAGAACGCUGACUGGAGCAAACUGAAUGGCUCGUCUGGGAGCGUACGCAACUAAAUGACAACGGCAGUAGUUGUAGCUGAGAUCAGUUCUUAGAUUUACCUUUGCUUGAAAAUGCCAUCCACAAUUUUCAUGUGGAUGUGAAAUUUUUACCUUUCCAUCAUCCCAAGUCAGCUCUCUGGUGUGAGUGCCUCCAGUGGAUUCCAGUGAAGCUGGUGCUACUGCUCCAGCCCCCAUCACCCUGUUCUGAGAGGUGCAAGCUCCACAGAAAGCUUGAGAGCAGAGGUCACCUGUCCUGCAGUCUCUAAACAUGUGUCUAAAUAGAUGAUCUCCUGAAUGGUCCCAAUAACUUCGCUAUCCCAUAUGGCAUGGGGCUCCAGGCAGCCUAGUCUCCCUGAGAACACUUUUGGUCACCUGUGUAGUGGGAAGAGGAUAGAACGGGGUCAGAAAAUCUGAAUUUGAAUCCCAUCUCUAUCAUUGAAUGGCUGUCUGGUCCAGGCCACCUCUUAACUUCUCUGAGCUCCGGUUUCCUCACCUUGAGUUUCUUCUUAAACCUGUUAGUGAAACAGGUUUAGCACCAAUAGGGACCUCAAAUGAACUAACCAGGGCUGGAAUUCACCUGGGAUGCCCCAGUACAGCUGUGUCAGUUGUUUACAGCCGGCUGAAGUUCAUUCUCAUUGGCAUGGGUGCACACCAUGCUGGUUGUUAAAUAUUUUGAAUAUGACUCCUGGAAAUAAUUUAUGUGAAAGAGCUUGUAGAUAGUACAGCACACCGUUAGCUAGGUUGACUAUGGCAUGUGGGUAGUUGCCACUUGCAAGUGUAACUUAAAAUAUGUAUUCCCUAUCUACCUUUAUUUCAUCAGCUGACAAAUUAAUAAUCUUCAGAUUGGCCUAUAUCCUUUUAGGCUCAACAAAAGAGAAGUACUGCAACGUUUAGAUCCGAACAUUCUUAUCCAGUAUUUUUUCAUGAGUGCCAACUCAUUGGCUCCCUGAGCUGCCAGGGGAUGAGCCAUGUCUGAGUCUUGGAAAGUGACUGCAGGACCACUCCUGUUGGCCUUUUUUGAAUGAAGAUUAUAUUUGAGGAAGGUGACUGUUGACAAAAUACAGUAGACUUCUAUAGAAUGUCAGGAUACCCCUUGGCUGUGAUUGGUGGUUCAGUGUGGCAGCUUAGAUGAAAUGGCAGACACUAAACAUUUUUCAAAGGGAGUUUGCUGUGUGCUUCUUAAUGGAAUUCUACAAAAUUCAGCAUUUUGGUGGAGAUGACAGAGAGAUGUGAUUAUAAUGGAAAAUGGACUUUCCGUUCUUCAGUUGGUUUUCAGAGAAGAAAAAUAUGACUUGGUGUUUAACUUCAGACAAGGAUGUAAUCGACAGGACACCCAUCCGCAUGUAUCAGGGAAGGAAGAGUAGAGAGGCAGAAAUACAAAGCCAGUGCAGACCUCCGUGCAUGCUGCUGCACCUGCUGGAAAUCCAGGUUCCAGUUCUGUUUCUCAGUGAGUAAUGUUCCGGGUUCAUAGUCUUGUUUGGGUUCCUUGGCAUUCAGCAAAACAACUGCUAACCUAGAAAACAGGUAAUCUGGGUUCUGGAAUGGACUAUGCUACAAACUGACAUAUGACUCAGGAUAAAUCAUUUACCUUUUCUAGGUCUCAAUUUAUCAUCUGUAAAAUGAGAAACAAAAUAGUACUUAUUUCAUAAGGUUUUUAUAAAGACUAAUGAGUGUGUAUAUAUAUAUGUGUCUGUGUAUACCUGGAUAUAUGUAUAUCUGAUAAUAAAUACUUGUGUAUAUAUAAUGUAUAUUAUAUAUACAUAAAUCUCCUUUGAGAAUUAAAUUAAAGCUCUGUGCCUUCUCCCCGGAAAAAUUCACAAACACAGGAAACAGCCUGAUAUUUUCGGGGAAUCUAUGGAUUUGCCGAAGCUAUAAGCAUUCUAAUAAAGAGUUCUGUUAUCCAAGGGAGGAAACCAUGGGUCUGAUGUCUCUUUCCAUGCUAAAAUUCUUGUGUGUUUCUCACUUAAAAGGAAACGGCAAGUCAAAUUUAAUUAUAGCUAAUAUUCUACAGUAAAUAUUUAUGAUCACCACCCCUUAAGAUUUCUAAGCUCAAUUAAGUCAAGAGUAUACCAAAUGAUUAAAAACCUGGUGUAAAAAAGAGGUUUUCUACAAUUAUUAUAGUUCCUAGUAACAGAGUUUGAUAUUUAAUAACAGGGUAAAUUACUAUAUGGACAUAUAUUAAUUUAUUUCUAAGCUUAACUCAGUAUGAGGAAUAGUUUUUCAUUCCUCGCUUGUACAGGGUGGAGAUGUACUUUCUUCUCUCAAUUUGUUUUUCCACGUCUAUUUAGAGCAACCCAAAUAGGAAAACUACCACACUGGUCCUAAAAUUCACUUCCUCCAUCCGUUGUCUGUACUCUGUUCCAGGUCUGAUGAAUAUAACUUUUUAAACAUGUCAUUUAUUUUUAUUUUUAUUUUAGUCUAAAUAUCCCUUCAGAAACACCAGGGGAAAAUAUUUUUAGCUUAACUAAGAAAACAAACAUGUUUAAACAAAUAACACCCACAACGUUCAGGUAGAGUUGGUGUUUUUGGCAUUUGUGUAUUUUAGCAGUGAGCCCAUAAGAUAGACGCUGAAAUGAAAUUUUUCUUCAUCUUAAACAUGCCGAUUUCUUUCUGAAAUAAAAUAAAGAGAACAAUUGAUCUCCGCUUUUAUAUUGGAAUUAAACUUUUUGUUAUUUUGAAAGAUGAUUUCAAGCUAGACAAUAUGCUGCCUUUUUUCCCCUCAGUUUUCGAUCGCUAUUUAUAGACAUCCUAUGCAGAACCAGUGGAAGUGCAGAUAAUGGUGCAAAUGAAGAAAAAGAUGGCUAGAAGAUGAAUGAAUGCUGAGUUGAGCCCCGUGCCUCCACCAUAAAAAUAGACUUCUCUGCCUUCAUGACCUCAUGGGAGGCUUUUUAAAUUUUCAGUAGCAUUGAUGGUUUCAAACUCUUCACUUCCCAUUAUGAUACCUCCUCUAAAGGACGUGAUCCUUGACUCCCUGAAGAUCCAAGGUGGAAAAAUAAAUAUAUUUUGAUUAAAAAGAAGAAUCCAUCUCACCAGUUCUUCAGGGCCAAGCGGUCCUGGCAGCUUUAAUGGCUGUGUUGUUCCUAUUCAAUAAACAGAUGAGUAUGAAAUGAUACUUAUGAAUGAGUGAAUAUUCACUGAGUGAGUAAAUGAAUGAAAGAAUGAAUAAAGUAGUUGCCCGAUGAGAUGCUCCAUCCACCUUCAGAAGUUGUUCGUUGGGAUUGCAUUCAUUCACUGGGUUUCUGACUGCAUUGAACAUGAAUAAACCCAGCGCUCUGCAUUAUGGGGGUCAACUGGAAUAAUCUGUGCCUUGUAUGUGUUACCCCAACUAUAGGUCAGAGUUGAAGUCUCCAUUCUAUUAAUUGUAUUUACUCUCUUUCUCUCCUAUAACUUGAAGCAUGUUUACCAUAUGUAUUUGAUUAGCUUUCGUCCUAAAGUUUUCCAGUUUCAUUCCACCUGUUGCACUGUGUAGCUCUUUUGUGAGUGCACUUAACUAGACUCAUACAAGAAUAAAAGACGUUAUCAAUCUCUUGGUUGUUGUCAGUAACAUCCCUUCCCAUCUCAUGAUUAUAAGUGCUUUUCUCUUGCAAGCCUUCUGAACCCUGCUGGGCCCCCAGUUGCUAAGCAUUUUCAUUACACUUGAUCUGAAUUUAUCAGGAUCUGCUAACCUCCCUAACCCCAGCAGUGAAUCAGGCUCAUUCAUGCCAUACUAGGAGAAUUGCAGGGUGGACACUAUGAAAUGUAUCAGCAGGCUAUUUAAAUCCUUUCAUUUCCUAAAAGGUUAAAAGGCAAGAUCUUUGACGUUAAGGUUCUUUUUCUCUAACCCAUUAGGCUGACGCAGGGACUGGAACUUGAAAAGUAUACAGUAAACGCUAACCAUUGGCAGGAUGGUGGACUCAUAUCACACAUGGCUAUGAAUAUGCAGGCAAACAUGGUUUUUAGGCUUAUACAAAAAAAGUUCACUUUGAAUUCAGAUAGAAGAAAACAUCAGUUAUAACAGCAAGAAAAUCCCACAGAAACUCAGUUUAUAAUAUUUUAUCAACAUUAACUCAAAGGUAAGUUAAUCCUUUUCCAAUCUUCUCAAAAAAAGUCUGUUUACCAAGAAUACCUAAUGAAGGGGUUGUCUUCUGUCUGAUUCUAAGUUUUUGGAAGAAGUCACCUGAUCGGUAUAAUUCCCUUUGUACCACCGCCCAGCCAACACCAACAGCAACACAGUGACCUUCCAUGACCAGCCUGAUGGGUCGCAUGCCCCUUUUUCACAUUACCAUUUGUACCUAUGUUUCCUCAUGUGCAAAAUAGAAAUAUGAAUGAACAAAGAUUUUAAAGGGUGCCGGUGGCACCAAGAUUUGAAGACUCAAGUAUAAAAAGAAGAUGUGAGGGAAAACUUGUAGAAGGACAAUGAGACAGGGGAAAAGAACUCCAAAAUGGGAAUAUGGCUCUGCAUCUCACCGUGUUUGUGGAGGAUUUCUUCUGAGGGGGCUAGGGUCUGGGCUUUUCUCCCUGAAUGCCAAAGGUGGCAGAGAGGAAGCAAAAUGUAGUGUGGUACCAUAGAGCUCUGCAAGGAUAAGUCAGGGUCAUAAACAACAGUUCAAAAUAAAAGUGGGGCCCAGGUACGUAAGGUCUCAAUUGCUAACAUGGAGCAUGUCCUAUGUACCAGGCACCACUCCACGCUCUUUGCUGUAUUAUUGUAUCCUAUUUAAAACCCAGGUUCCGAGAUACUGUCUUGUCUGCUUGGUGUUGAUUAGUUCUAUGAUUUAUUAAUUCCUAAUAAUAAUAAUAG